GGCUGCCGCCGAUCAACCUUUCCUGAUAGCUAGCGGCGCCAUCCGGACGUCUCUGUCAUGCCCUCUUCCGGAUUACAUUCUUGAGUUAUGGAAAGUUCAUGGGGGUUGAACAAUUUUGCAAAAUCUACAAGACAGAUUACGCUACCACCUAAAUGCCCCUUUCAAUGGACUCCACCCUCAAAUGCAGUUGAAGCAGAAUGUAACCUCAAUCCUAGAAGGGAAAAUGUACACCACCAGCGUACGCCUUCUGAUAGCAUUCUUUUAGAGGAACAACCUGCUUGGCUUGAUGAACUCCUUAAUGAGCCAGAGACGCCUGUUUACGGAGGCCACAGACGUUCAUCCAGCGACCCUGCUGCAUACUUUCACAUUGCAACGGAGUCAUUUGGGAAGGAAGAACUCAAUUUUAGUAGUUUUCCUGCUGCACCCUCUUGGCAAUCUCAAAAUAAUGUUCAGCCUGAAGAUUUGUGGCACUUUCCCCUUCAUACAAAAACUUUUUCUUUAGAUAAACAUAAGAAUAGAGCAUGUGACUCGUCCUUGAUCUAUUCAAAUGACCUUCAAAUGCCUGGAUUACCAUGUGCUCCGUGGGAACUAUGUGCUUUGCCAUCUAAAAUUACUGCAAAGCCAUAUCUAGAAGGUGCAGAAGGGUCUUCUGCAAGAAAUGACUGCUCAAAUGAUAAACAUUCUGCAUCCAGGACCGAUCCAAAACGCAUUAAACAGCAAAUUGCGCAUAGGUCACGUGUGAAGAGACUUCAAUACAUAGCUGACCUGGAAAGAAACGUGCAGAUAUUACAGGCAGAAGGAGCUCAAGUGUCAGCUCAACUUGAAUACUUUGAGGAGCAGAAUCUUCUACUGGGCAUGGAAAAUAGAGCUCUGAAACAGCGCUUGGAUAGCUUGUCUCAGGAGCAACUCAUAAAACACUUCGAGCAGAAUAUGCUAGAGAGAGAGAUAGGUAGGCUUCAAUUUCUAUUGCAGCAGCAGCAGCAGCAGCAGCAACAACAACAGCAUCAAUUGCAGCAGAAGCAGCAAAAGAAGCAGAGGCAUUCUGGUCAUCGUCGAUCCAACAGUGCAGACCUUGUGUCCCAAGUUGCUAACCUGUCUGUGUAAUGUAUCAGGAAGCCAGUUUCUGAAGACAAAAUUAGAGGUCACUCCACAUUUAGAUAUGGAUAAGCAGAAGCACGGCAUUUGUUUGUAUGCCUUUAAUUAACCUAUACCCUUUUAAUCAAAUCUUUAAUUGCCU